AUGGCAACCAACACUUUGGCUUUGGCGUCAGAGAAGCCCGUAUCUGGCAACAACAACAUACCAGCCUCCACUAUGUCAUCUGACGACAGUCCACCAAAAAAGACUACGGACGAAAGGUUCUCCAUCGGCCUACGAGGUCAGCUGGUGUUUUUCACUCUGUCCAUCCUCACCUUGAUGGCUGCAUUAGAUGGCACAUCUCUUUCUGUCGCCCUUCCGAAAAUCUCGAAAGACUUGAAUGGAACGGCCAUUGAGGCAUUUUGGAGCGGAACUUCAUUCUUGCUAUGUUCAACUGUAUUCCAACCCAGUUUCGCGUCACUGUCUAACAUCUUCGGCCGUCGACCAAUGAUUCUUAUCAGUAUUUUGUUCUUCUGUAUAGGUGCUAUCAUCGCCGCCAUCGCUAAGGAUUUCACCUACAUGCUGGUAGGGAGAUCUAUCCAAGGUGUCGGCGGCGGCGGUGUCCUGGCAUUGACCGAAAUUGUGAUCACGGAUUUGGUUCCGUUACGCUACAGAGGCAAAUACUUUGGUAUAAUGAGUGCCAUGUGGAGUCUUGGGUCGGUUACAGGGCCUAUUCUAGGAGGAGGGUUCGCGCAAAGCGUCACUUGGCGCUGGAUCUUUUACAUUAAUUUCCCCUUCAUCGGUAUUGGGACCGUGUUCGUUGUGGCCUUCCUGAAUCUGAAGGUUCUCCCGGGCUCUCUACUCGAGAAAAUCCGGCAAAUCGACUACAUUGGAACGAUUCUUUUUGUCGGGAGUCUUUCUUCAUUUUUGAUUCCCAUGACUUGGGGUGGAAUAUCUUACGCUUGGGACUCAUGGCAUACUCUCGUUCCUCUCGUCAUUGGCGCGGUGGGAUUAUUAUUCUUCGCAUUCUACGAGUACCGCUUCGCCACGGACCCAAUUAUCCCACCUGCUAUUUUCCUGAACCGCACAGCAACUGUCUCUUUUAUUGGAAGUACACUUCAAGGCCUUAUCCUCUGGUGUACAUUGUACUACCUACCUUUGUACUAUGAGGCGGUGAAAGGGUUCAGUCCCAUUCUCACUGGUGUGGCGAUUUUCCCUGAAACUUUCACCGUCGCGCCUAGCGCAAUGGUCGUCGGUAUCCUGAUUACAAUCACCGGUCAUUAUCGCUGGGCUAUCUGGCUUGGAUGGACUGUUUCCACAAUUGGACUUGGUAUCAUGUGCCUUAUUAAAGUGCAAACCAGUACCUACGGAUGGAUUCUUUUGAAUGUCGUUCCUGGUCUGGGUCUAGGCAUUCUGUUCCCAUCUCUUGGAUACGCAGUACAGGCCUCCGCAGAUCCAGACAACCUUUCCAUUGCUGUCGCUAUGUUUAGCUUUUUCCGUGCGUUGGGACAGGCCAUCGGCGUUGCAAUUGGUGGUGUCGUCUUCCAGAACCGCAUGUACUCGAACCUCUUGAAGUAUCCUGCACUUGCACCGUUAGCCAGUGCUUACAGCCAGGAUUCAGCAGGCUUGGUUCAAAUCAUCAAGCAGAUGGCCGACGGUGUGGAUAAGUCAAAUCUUAAGGAGGCAUAUACUGACAGCCUACGGAUUGUAUGGGCUGUUUGCUGUGCGAUUUCAGGUGUCGCCUUGUUGUUCAGUCUGUUGACUGAAGCUUAUGAUUUGAAUCAAGACCAAUCGACCGCGCAGGGUCUUCGGGAUGGAAAUGGUCAGAAAGACGAUAGUGAAAGCGAAAGGGAUGUCGAGGCUACUGCUGAGAAAGAAAUUGAGGCUAAUGCGUAG